AUGAGAGAGCUAGAAGGCUUCAAAACGACGACAUUGAAUCAGAACAAUCAAUAUUGGCCGCCGGUGGGAGCUCCGACGAAUCUCCGGCUAGCCGAGCCAUGGAGAUCUCAGUUAGAAGACUCAGUCAACGCUGUUUCCUUCGGUUUCGUUGCCACUGCCAUUCUCAUCUCAAUGUUCCUCGUUAUGGCCAUUCUCAGAUUCUUCUCCGGGUCGGAUCCUUCCGGGUCUGGACUCUCGGGUCGGAUUCAAUAG